CUAAAGAUGGCAGGAUGAUAAAAUGUCAUUUGUUUACGAUGUUUGACGGUUAAUUUAAGAUAGCUUAGAUAGAUAUAAUUUAUAUUUGAUAAAAAAUAAAUAAGUAGCAAUGAAGUCUGUUAUAAUUUUUAUAAUAAAUUUAGUUCUUUUAGUUAGUUUUGAAACAGUCCACUGCCAGUCAACUGAUAUUAUAAAUGAUGUAACAUAUAUAGAUUUAGGAACCGAAACACUAAUAAAAAGUGAAAAGAGGGGGCUUCAUGUAUUCUGCUAUAGCGGCCGUUCAAAACGCAUUUUUUAUAUAUGGCAAACAGUUUCUUUGAAUGUUAAAAUUACUAGAGAUGAUUUUGAAUUAUAUGAGGGUAACACUCCUCUGGAAGUAUACAAGCAAUAUGAAGAAAGGCGUUCCUCAUGGUCUUUUAAUUUAUUCACAAACAAAAAGAAAACCUUCAAUUUAAACCCUUUUAACCAAAGCUGUAUUGGAGUCGAUACAUCCCAAAAUUACUCAGUUGAAUUGAACUUUCUACGAAUUGAUUUUUGGAAGUUGGUGUAUUUAUUAGUGGGUUUGAUACUGUAUAUUGGUGCACCCAAACUGAGUAAUAACAAAUUCUUUUAUUAUUCAUCGGGGGUUUUAAUUGGAAUAUGUGCGGCAUUUUUAUUUCUAAUAUACUUCAUGAGCAAAAUGAUACCUAAGAAACCAGCAAUGUAUGGAUUUGCACUUGGGGGUUGGGCUUUGUUCUUAUAUUUUAUGCAAAUUCUUUGGGAUAAUUUGCAAGUUGUGCUGUUAAGUUACAAAACAUAUGUGGCUUGGUAUAUUGUUGUAUCGGGAGUUAUUAGUUUUUUUAUUUGCUAUAGAAUGGAUCCUCUUCAAAAUGAGAAAAAUCGAAAAAUUGUGAAAUGGUCUUUACAGUUUGUUGGACUGAUUUUUAUUGCCUUCCACACCGAUUAUCAAGAAGCCGCAAUAGCUAUGUGUUGUGUAAUAAUCGCAGGCAAAUAUUUUUCAGAAACUAUUGUAAAAAGAACAAAGAUGUAUUGGAGAAAGAAGUUCCCACCAAAGAUAACCUUAUUAACUUCUGAAGAAUAUUAUUCACAAGGUGUAAAAGAAACAUGCAAGGCUUUGCAAGAACUUCGAGAACAUUGCAAUAGCCCUGAAUGUAAACAAUGGAACACUAUAUUAAAACUUAAAGAUGCCAAAAGAUUUGCAAAAUUUGUUCAAGGAGAAUCACAUCUCACUGAUCAAGAAAUUCUCGAAUAUGAUAGUGAUGAAAUAAAUUCUUAUGAAAUGAAUUUCAGAAACCAUUUACGUAACAAAUAUCGAAACAAUGGUCGCAUUAGUUUAACAGACGAUGAAGAAGAUGAUAGUGAUAGAAUUUCAGAAGACGGUGAAUUAUAAUGCUUAUUUUUAUUAAUUGGGAUUUGUUUGAUUAUUUGAAUCAAUAUAUUUUUUAAAUACAGAUUUUUUAAAAUAU